UUAUUAAGGAAAGAUAAGGAUAACACUAACAGAAUAAAAUAUGUUAUCCUUAUCUUUCCUUAAUAGUAGUCAACUAUCUCACAAUCCCACUAUUUUCUUUCUCGUCAACGCAAGAUAAAGCUAUUAUCACUCAUUUCCCUCUUUAAUGGAGAAAGGAAAUUCGGAUACGUCACUACCAGUUGCCUUGAUUGUGGGUGUCACGGGCAUGGUAGGCUUGAGCUUGGCAGAAGCUCUGAAGAAACCAACAGAAUUCUCAUUAUCGCCUGAAGGAAAAUUCCCAUGGAAAGUGUAUGGAGUAGCUAGGCGACCCUUGCCAACCUGGUUCCCUCCUUCUUUGCUCGACCAUUUCAUAUCAUUGGAUGUCCUAGACCAAACCGAUACAGUCCAGAAACUCACUCCUAUAUCUAAUCAAGUCACUCAUGUCUUCUGGGUUGCCCUCCAAAUUCGUGAAGCUGAAGAAGCUAAUAUAACUGUGAAUUCUACCAUGCUAGCCAACGUACUUGAUGUGCUCAAAUCUGCCUCUCCUUCCAGGCUUAGGCAUGUAUCCUUGCAAACAGGGACAAAGCAUUACAUGGGUCCGAUAUUUGAUCCUCAACUUGCAGACCAGCUUGUCCAUCACGAGCCACCAUUCGAGGAGCACUUGCCUAGGCUACCUUACCCCAACUUCUACUAUGCUUUAGAAGAUCUAGUGGCAUCUUACUCACCUUCCAUUUCUUAUUCUGUGCAUAGAUCCUCUAUAAUAAUAGGUGCAUCUUCAAGAAGUUUUUAUAACUGUCUGCUCACUUUAUCUGUAUAUGCGACCAUUUGUAGGCACAAAGGGCUACCUUUUAAGUAUCCCGGAAGCAAAUACACAUGGGAGCAUUUCUGUGAUAUGACAGAUGCAAGAGUACUAGCAGAGCAACAUAUAUGGGCAGCAGUGACAGAUACGGCUAAGAACCAAGCUUUUAAUUGCAGCAAUGGCGAUGUUUUCACUUGGAAAAGCUUAUGGAAGGUUCUGUGUGAGGUAUUUGAUGUUGAAUUUGUGGAUUUUGAUGAGAAUGAAAGUUUUGAUUGGGCUGAGAUGAUGAAGGACAAGGGAAAAGUGUGGGAUGAGAUUGUUAAAAAGUAUGGGCUUUUUAAGACUAAUAUGGAGGAUAUUGCUUGUUUUGAUGCCACCAAUAUGGUGUUGCAUUUGAAGCUUCAACAUGUUUGUAGCAUGAAUAAGAGUCGUGAAUUUGGUUUUUCUGGGUUUGCUGAUACAUUCAAGAGCAUUCGGAUGUGGGUGGGAAGAUUGAGAGACAUGAAAAUUAUUCCUUAAACAUUUUAUUGUUUUCAUGUUUAAUUCUGCAGAAAAUUCCAGUUUCGUUGGAUCAUAGCUGGCUUCUUUUUUUUUUUUUGGGUGUUCGAUCUUUUGUCUCUGCUUUGGACCGAGUUGGAUCAAAGAUGCAGUUUCAAUUGAUUUGUGUUAUCGUUUUCUCUGGAUGCUGCUUAAUUAUACUUUGUCUCUCGGAGUGUUACAAUGCCUCCAAAUUUAGUACCACUUUGGGCUUUGGUUGUGAGUUUCUUAUGAGCCAUUGAUCGCUAUGAAAGUAGAAUAUAAUAUUAAAGUUUGUUUAGUACAUAAAUUUGAGUAUGUGAUUUAUAUGAAAAGUUAUUGCUCCAA